UUCCUUAAAUCCUCAGUACAAUACACAGCUCCUGUGCUGCUCCUGUGAACUUCACAUUUACAGACCCUCUGAAGACAGACCUUUCACCCAUAAGGAGCUCCACACAUGGGUUUUAUCUCAGACAUGGUACUAGUGGGUCACCUGGGCAGUCUUUGUUUAAAACACUUUACUUCUCUCAUCGCAGAGGAACUAAGUGAGAGCAGUUGGGUCACACAGGAUGAAGUGUAAUUCCACUGACCACGGACAGAGUUACAGUGGAGUGGAGGGGAUAGUUUCAGGUGUAUAAGGUCUCAACAGUCUCUUCAUCAGACUCUUCUCCUCAGCUCGGACUGUGUUGCGUGACAAUACUGGAUCUCUUGCUUGGAGAUGACCUGCCAGACGUGACCCCUUUGUUUUGGGCAUGGAACACAAUGCACUUGGGGGCACUGUCUUCUGGUGACACACUGAGGCUUCAACCUUCUCUCAGUACAAAAAGUGGGAGAUCCAUGUCAGCUUCCACCAAGUAACCCUGACCGAUAAUGGGCACCAGACUGUCAGCAGGAUGCUCUGGGCUGCAUCCCACUUCUUGAUGCUGUGCUGGAUGUUACAUCCAUUGAGAGGGAGAAGCAGCAGACUGACCAGAUGAGGAGAAGAUGGGGUGCCCACUUUUGGAGCUGAUUUCUUCCUCUGGGAUUUUGGAACAUCAAUACAGUUUCCUUAAGUACACCUUUAAACUCCGUAAUCUAGUAGGAAGCUGACCUCAUACAUUUUCUGCAUGUAACAUUUAUGAAAAACCAUUUAUAUCCCUGUUUCGUUGUGAAUUGUUUUAUUAGAAGUUUUUGUUUGUUUUUUAAAAAUCCAAAUUUGUUCAUCAAUGUCCGUUGCUCCAUUAUUUGGUAGUGGUUCUUAUGCCUACAAAAGCAUUUUAGGAUUUAUAUUGCCUGUGAAUGUGCUGCACUAGAUUCUUUCUUUUGUGUCUUCACAUGUUUCACUAUCUGGAUACAUUUUAUAAUUACUGCAAGUAAUCGUGAAGAAUCAAGCACAUUUUGGAGAGGUUCACCUUCUGAAGUUAAGUGAAACUUAUCUUUAUACUAAUACACUAGAAGGCCAGAAAGAGGGACACCCAAUUCUUUAAUCCCCCCCCACCCCCACCUACCUUGGCGGCCAAUCCUCCUUUUCUAGAUCUGCCCGGUCUCUCUUGCAGUGGGAGCCAUUGAGGUGCACGACAAGGCUUCCAUGAUGCAUGCAUUGAAGAGAUGGGAUAGACUUUACACAAUUAUUUAAUAUCACGUUUCAAUUGAACAAUUGCAUAUGUUUGUUAAGGCGUACAAAAAUGUUCUCUGUAUAUGUAGAUUUGAGUUCAGUGGUCACAGCCCACCGCACCCCAACCUAGGGGUGGGGAGUACGUGAGUGCACCCCUAUCCUGGGAAUAGAGAGUGCGGUGGAUUCUCUUGUGUGUAUAAUAGUGUUCAUUUAUAAUUGGCCCAUUUGUGAUCAUAUCUCUCUCUCAUGCACCCCUAAUCUCAUUUACUUUUAACCUUGGUCAGCUGCUGUUUAGGUGUGUUGGUGACUGUCUCACUUUGAAAGCCAGAAGUCAGUUGGCAGGUAGAGCAGAGGUACAUUGGAAUUCAUGACCAAGAUGGUAAUCACUGGUGGAAAUGAAGACGACAAAGGCAACCAAGAAAAGGAAAGCAAAGAAGAAUCCAUCCUGGCCAUGCUCGGGAUUAUUGGGACCAUACUUAACUUGAUUGUCAUUAUUUUUGUCUACAUUUAUACUACAUUAUAAAUAUUUUGAGACUGAAUGACAUGCAGACUGACUAUCGAUACUGCCUCCUGGAACUUUGGAGUAGAGUUGGAAUGAAGAACAGGCUACAAAGUUUUCUUCUUUGCAACAAAACAAUCUUCAAACUUUUUCCCAUGCACUGGAAAGCAUCCCCCAGGAACAUGCUGUAUAUAUUAUAGCACAUCACUGAUGGGAAGUGAUGCAAAGGUCAUACUUCUUUUUCUUCAUAUUUUAUUCAUACCAUAACAUGGACAGUGCUAGGCUGCAUAAUGAAAAACUGCCAUAACAGUUUAAAAAUUAAAGAUUUUUCUCCUUGCUACACUUCAAUCUGCUCCUGUUGAUAUGAAUGUUUUUAUCUGUACUUUAAGUGCAAUACUUUUUAGCAUGUACCAAAUAUAU